AGCCAGCUCGGCCCAACCCGCUGCGACGCCGAGGCCAAGGCCAUGUCCCCCUUGCCCCCGUAGCCUGCGAGGGGGCAAAUGCCACCAGCCGGUUCGCGCAUCGACCUGUCGGUGCAGAGAGAGGUCCUGCGCUCGCUCGACACCGUGCUGCUGGCCGUGGAGGAGGCGCUCGACAGGCGGCGGCAUUCGCUGGCCGAGAUUGACAGGCAACUGCGCGAGCUGGACCCCCCUGCUCAGCAGCGCCUCCGCGACCGCCUGCGGGGAUAUGCCCCGCCUCCGCCUCCACUGUUCACGUGCAGCGGCGGAGGGCUUUCCCUGCCGCGACCCAGCAGCGGUCGCGCGCCGCUCGAGCCCCCCGCCGAGUCCACGCGCACCCGGCCUCUGGGCCGCCGCGGCCGCGCCGAGGGAACGCGCGCAGAGGGUGCUGCGCACCCACUGCUGGCGCACAGCGGCGGCUCCGCCUCGAGCACCAUGACGCCCGCCAGCGCAGGCGCCCCCGACCUCACCACCAGUGCCUCUGGCAGGUCCUUGGGCGUCUCGCUGGCCGACAAAGGACCUUGGGAGUUGCCGCAGGGCCCUGGGGCUGGCGAGGGCGCGGGCGUCUCGGGCCUGCUGGGCCUCGCCGCAGAAGCCGCCGGCUGGGGAGUCGCUGAGGAGCCUGCCGAGGUCUUCGGUGCGCACGAGGUCCACGAGGUGGACGCGGCCCAUGCGGAAGAGGCUCAUGGCGGCCCCGACACACGGAGUGCAGGCCGGUCGCCUGCAGUGUCGGGCGGGACCCCUCCAGGCAAGGCGACCGCGGCCCGUGCAGCGAGCGCAUCCCUCGCCGAGGACGCAGCGGCGGCGGGGGCGCAGGACGCUCCCAGGAGCGCAGAGCGCCUUCAGGCCGCGGCAGCGCAGGCCGGGCAGGAGCCGCCAGACGGCGCCGCCGCCAUCCGGCCGCCUGGCGCCUAUGGGGGCUCGCAGGCUGCCGAGAGCAUGGCGGGCAGCGGCAGGCUGCCGGAGCGCCAGACGCCCUCAGCUUUUCGAGCUGUCAGCGCCGCGAGCGGGCCCCAAUGGGCAGAGGCCGCGCGGGGGAGGCGCCAGGACCCCACGGCUGGGACGCCUGCUGGCGCGGGUCACACGCCGGCCGUCACGCCGCAGGCAGCUGGUCCCAUGGCACCACUCGUCGAUCGGCCGGCAGCGAUGGCAUGCUCUCUGGAGCCAAGCGCGACGGGCGACGUGGCGAAGGUGCUGUUGGAGCCGCAGCCGACCCCAGCGGGGCCAACCACGAAUGCGCCUGUGGUGCGCUUGCGGGCGCUGACCCCCCCCCGAUGCAGAACCGCGGUGACUCGGCUGCCGCAGCGCGCGCGCUCGGCGUCGCCCCUGGCGCCGACACUGGGGCGUGAGCUCGCUGGCGCUACGGCCUGCCCGCUGUGCGGCGCAGCCAGGCUGCUCCACCGCCAGUCGCCGCCGGCGCUCUGGGUCACGCCGGUGCCGCCGCUCGCUGGGCCGGGCGCCCGCGGCGGCUGCGGCGCCUGCUCCGCUGGCUUGCCCUCCCGCCACGCGGCGCCCACGCACGCCAUGGUGCCGGCCCGACGAGCCGCAGUCUCGACGGCGACUCGAAUGAGCGUCUCGCCUCGGGGGGGGCCGGCAGCGAACACCGUGUCGGCGCGCGGGGCGCCCGUGGCGGCCGCCCGAGUCGGGAAAGCGGCGUCGCCGGGCGCCGUGGCACCGGGGUCGGCGGCACGGUCGCCUGCGAAGCCCUGGACAAAGGCUUCGUUGUAGCCGUGCUCCUGCGCCUGGAGGUCCUGGCAAGAGUUCUGAGCACCACCGGCGCGGCCGCUCCCGGCCGCUCCCAGACAACGUCGGCCGGCACGCCAGCGCCAGCCCCAAGGGCUCUGCGACAUGACCAGUGCGGCUCGGGGAACAGAAGAAGGGUGGGGAGGGGGAAGCGGGUGAGGGGACUGCAUCGUUCUCCCCCCCCGAGUGCGAGGAAGAGGAGGC